AUGGGGGGCUGGACGAUCCCAUAUGAUGAGGACAUGGGCCAGUGGGAGGCCGCCUGGAUCUACUUGUUGGGAGCUUGCCCGCCAAUUGACAGAUCUUCGGGCAGGGUCCGAUAUACUUGGUUUUCCUCCCAUUUUCGGAGGGUGGAGAUGGAGCCUGAGACUCCUGAGGAGGUAGCCCAGUAUACCCGCAGAUUUCUGAUGUUCCUCUUCGGGACUACUCUAUUCGCCGAUAGGGGGAACACUGUCGGACUUUUUCUGUUGAGUGCCCUAGUGGACCUAUCACAGGUCCGGCGGUAUGAUUGGGGUGGCACCAGCCUGGCCACUCUUUAUUGCUAUAUAAGCGCGACCUCCCGCGGACGGGGGAACAUACUUGGCGGUUAUUGGAGAGCCUGGGAGCUAUGGAUCUAUGCGUACUUCCCGACACUAGCCCCGGAGCUCGAGGUGGCGAUGCCUCCCAUGACCCCUUACUCGCUGGUAUUUGAGGGCCCGUACCGGCCGAGACCUCGGGAGUCUCUUCUCUAUCUACGACAGUACUUUGACACAGUACGGCCAUCAGAGGUAUUGCAGAACUCUCAGUUCUUCAUGUUUCCAAUCUUUGAUUUAUCUUGCGCAUUUACGAUUUCUGAUCAGCUUAUGCGUUGGUUACCCGCAGAUCGCAUGGCAGCCUUGGGCGCCUUUGGGUAG